AUGGAUGAGGUACAUCCAUCCAUUCUUUCUUUCAUCCCAGAAGCAUAUGCAGAUAAGGUGAGGCAUUGUUGCUUUGCCUUAGGCUUUGGGAGUAAUGUUGAACCUGGUCAACUGGUCCCCUCAUGGAUCCGUGCAAAGUUGGAUGAGAAUGGUGUUCUGAUGAGGUCAGAGGGUGGUCCUUCAGGCACUGAUCAUGGUGCUCAAAAAUUCCAAGCAGUUGAUAUGGAUUUGGUUCUGCCUGACUAA